AUGGUGAAAGGAGACAGGAACAAAACCCAAGGGGAAGACGCCUCCAUGCACGCAGCAUGCUCGCGGCAGACGAAGUCGCGAACGAGCACAAAGCGAAGACUCCGGACGUUCCCCGGCCAACUUCUCCGAAGUUCUCCAAGAAGCCUUCGAGCGAUGGAAGAGAAGGGCAAGUUUGAAGACAUGGCCAAAGUGGAUAAAGUUCAAGCACGACAAGGAGAUGAAGGGUUACGUACGCCCAAAGGCGGAGCCGGGAAGGCCAGCAGGAAGAAGAAAGACCAACGCCCGGAACGCCUCAGCCAUCUGGCGCUCUCGCCUUUUGGCGCUGGAGUACCGCCGACGGUGAAGAGUGAGAACCCAAACCUGUCCAUCGGUGAGACCGCCACAGCAGCUGGGCGAAGUUGUGGUCGGGCGCAGAGCAUCUCAGACCGCGCAAGGCCGCUCGGUGCAGAAAGCCGGGCCAAACCGGCGUGA